AUGGGCGCUGGUCUUCGGGUAUCUCCAACAUUGAGUGGUGAUGCUUUUGUUAGAUUUCAUGUUGCUUGGUACGAUGGGUAUUCAAAGAAGUCAUGCGUUGACUUCAGCUGUCCUGGAUAUGUUCAAGUCCACCACAACGUUGGUCCUGGAUCAAGAAUACAACCAUCCUCUGUCUAUGGUGGAGUACAGAAAGUAGUAGACAUUCAAAUAUUCAAGGAGCCGACAUCAGGCCAUUGGUGGGUGAGUGUCAAUAAAAUGCCAAUUGGAUAUUGGCCGGGCGGAUUAUUCAAAUUCAUUAGAUACAAGGGUGGUUUUGCGUUCUGGGGCGGGCAGGUUGAGGGGCCGACUGCCGCAUCAAACUCUCCGGAGAUGGGUAGCGGGCAUUUUGCUUUGGAAGGAUUCGGAAAAGCGGCGUUCAUGGAAGGCAUCGAGAUUGCCGAUAAUAAGGGCUGGUUUGUGACCCCGGAUAAAUCCCGAGUGAAGCAUGGGUCGAGCGAUCGGUCCAAAUACACCGCCGAUGGAUUUGAAGUUAGAAAGGAUUUAGGUAUGCUUUUCUUCUAUGGUGGACCAGGGUCCAAGAGGGCCUGA